AGAUGGGCGACCAAUGAUGGUCGUCCAUCGAGAAAUGAAUUUUAUAGUGCUGUGAAAGAGGAAAUGAAAGGCGGUCUGAAGGUGCUGCGUGUCAGAGAAGAGGAUGGGUUCUGGCACCUUUUCAGAAGCCAAGCGAAGGAAAGCGGGCGCGGCUCGGGCUCGGGCUCGGGCUCGGGGCUGAAAGGUUUUCUCGGGAGCCGAAAGUACCAUGCGGCCACGGGCACGCUUCACCGGCGGCCAGGGGCGGAGGUGGUGCAGUGGCAGGGCAGGGCAGGGCAGUGGUGCAUGCCUUGGCUCGGCCGCGAGAGAGAUCUAGAGAGAGAUGAGGAUAUGAGCUUGGGCCAUAGUUGGGGCGCGGCCAAGACGGGGCCAGAGGAGGCGCCGACGAAAGGCCACGUUGCGCUGACGUUCGGCUUCUCUCCUGAGCAGUUGCAGCGCUCUCUCCUCGCGCUCGAGGGAGCGGAAAGAAAAACAGUAUCGAAGGCUCGAAUCAUGGCCCCGAGGGGGAGGGCGAGGGCGAGGGGAGGGAGGGUGGCCUUGUCUUGGAUGGCAUGACAGCGGAGUGGAGCUCCUCGAAAGAGGCAGCCGAGGCAUAUCUAUGGGGGCUGCUGGGGCGGGCUGGCUGGCUCGCUGGCUGGCUGGCCGGGUGACGCAGUCCCCAAGGCGCGGCCCCAGCCCCCAGCAGGCCCCACCCCGCGAGCCUCCUCGCAUUCCACCAGUCCGUCUAUUUCUCUCGGAGGGAACACCAAGACCACUUCUUCCUUUAUCAGACAUGGACGAUCAGAUCCGUGGAUAACGACUGAUCGCCUCUUCUCCUCCCCUCCCUGCGCGCUCAUUAUUUUCACCGCUUCUUUCCUCCCGUCCCAGGAGGAUGGUGUCUUUACUCGGCCUCCAUGGGAGUUUAUCGCCCGCUGCUUCCGUCCAGGCCAGAGCUCCGGAGAGUUGUUAAUGGGAUUUCUAACCUCCUCUACAUCUGCUUUCCAGACAACAACUGCUUGUGCUUCUCUAUUCUAGACACACGUUCUAGUCCUAGUAGGUAGCUAGAUCACGGUGUGAUGAUGAUGCUACUCGGGCGCGGUCUGUCUCUUGCCUCCAGGAGCCUGAGCCGAGCCUCCAUCUCUUCUCAUCGCAUCGCAACCCGCAACAAGAGCAGCACGGCAUGCGGACGGGUGGCCAAUGGCACUAGCUUAUUGCGCCACUAACCAGUAGGACUGACAUGGCCCCCUGCGCUCCCGGAAUGGUCAGGUGGACUGAACCGGAAUUGGGUAAUGGAGUAGGCAUCUUGGCGACCUUACCGCUCGCCUCGCGCUCAUAUACGUACCACCUGCGGCAAAAAAUUACCGCUCAGCGUUCUUCUCGCAUCUUCUCGACGCUCGCUUUUCGUUAGCCAGGCCCGGGUGCUUAGAUACGAAGAAGAUGUCGAUAGAGCUGCAGCUGAAACCCUUCUCAUCGCGAUCGCCAUCGACCCGGUUGAAAGGCCCGCCCGUAACAUCCUCUAAUUCUGUCUCUCUUUCAUGAGGAUCUCUUCCUUCUCCUUGAGAUCCAUCUUCUAGCUACAUGUCGGAGAUGUUUUCAUGGAUCAAUAACGCAUGCGCAGACUCCGGAAGCACUUUCUCAACCUUCGUGAGCAACGACAGCAUCGUUGCCGGACAAGAUUUUGGCCGGAUGCUCGGAUCCGUCUCUCGUGAGGUUCAUCUGAAUGAGAAGUCCAUGUAUAGGCUCAUACCGUGGGCAGAAAAUGCAAUAUGCUUUCGACCGGGAACUGCGGAGGGCGGUAAUCAGCUUGACGACGCCCAUGGUUUUUGGUCCACAUAUGCAGGUGCCGUUCAAGACCAACAAUCUAAGCAACAAUCUGCAACAUCUAAACUAGAUUCAGUUCCUGCAACGCCUCCACUACUCUCUGAUAUCGUGACGCUGGUAAGCGCAACAACGGACCGUGACAAAGUUGGGCAAUUACCGAAUGAGUUUGCAACUUUCAUUGACAGUCUCCCUAUUCCUUAUGGUUCCUCGAGCACAGGGAUUCAAGGCCAAUUUUCUUUCGGGGCCAACUCGACUCUCUCGGCAGCAGUCACAGAGACAGAACCAUCAAUUAGACCCAAAAUAGAAAUCGGAAAUUCCGAAGCUCACCCUAAACUUAGGGCACUCCAUUCUGUGUGCAUAGAGGCGAAAGACGAUCAGGUGAAGAAGAUACUUUCCAAAUGCGGUAAGUGGACACAAUCAGCGGCGGCUAACAAGUCAUUGCAGUGGACCACCGUAGGGUUAGAGAAACCCAAAGUCCACGGACGAACAAAGGGGGAUUUGUCAAAGAAGACCGAAGGGCCAGGAAGACAGCAUCACAAAAGUUUUCGUCCGGUGCCGUCCGAGAAAGCUGAGCACGUGCAGAGGGAACGCGAACGGAGGAUUCAGUUAAGAGCAAUGUAUAAAACACUGGACACCUUGGUACCUGCUCAAUCUAGGACAGCAAAGCGGGACCGAACGACAAUUGUCAACGAUGCCUUGAACUAUGUGAAAGAGAUGCGUAAGAAGUUGGAGAUGCUGCAAGCUUACAAGUCAAAGCCGGUCAUGUCACUGGCCUUAUCUGAGCUCAUUGCCCAGAAUAUUGAAAAGAGAAACAAUCAAGCAUCACAGCUUAUAACAUCCGGCGUCAGAGGAAAAACAUCAUCUCCAACAAGCAAUUCCACGGUUGAUAUCGAGCACACGGAGGGGGAUAUCGGGACUGAUGGAACCGCUGGCGACACUUCAGUUGUACUUGUGACUCCUGAGGUCAACGUCUUUAUGGCUUCUAGUGAUCAAGUGGUGAUCAACAUAAAUUGUGGGCCGAGGCCCGACUUACUCAGCAGGAUACUGAAGGCACUGGAUCUCCUACACCUCGAUGUCUCCCACUACACGUUCAGCAGGCUGUGCACACAGUUCGUGAACUGUCAUUUCGCGGCAAAGAUCAGAACGAGUGCUGAUACUACCCGUCUAACAGAAAUCAUCACGGAAGUACUUGGUGACUCACUUGUAUAAAGGCAGCUCGGAGUCUGCAGAUAAUACCUGAAUCAUCGAGACUACGAAGAGAAAGCGAGUAUGCAGCGUAUGGAAGCGGGACGUGUUGAAAGCAUCUGGUGAACUGGGAGGUAGACGCUUAGCAUAUUCUACAGAUAGUCACCAAGUCAGUCUCAUCCAGCUCUGCUGACUUCAAGCUUAGUCCGUGGAGAGAACCUUCUGAAUAUAAAAUAUGCCUGCUAAAAGAAUGGAGAGGACCCUGUUAAGUGUGUUGGGACUGGACAUCGGUGUAUAUGCUUCGCAAGUCUAUAGUGAGAGUGCUUCAGAGUUUCAUCAAAUCAGAAUAGAUUUUCAGUAGAAACUGUUGAAAGCCAGCAUAUAGCUACUUUUUGCAUUUGAACUUUGCGAUUCACAGUCGCAUAUGAUCGUAUAAAUAGGCGUUGUAAAGGUCAGUAUCUAGCGUCGAAUGGUUUACAUUCUAUGAAUUCGUAGACAUGCUUUCACUUGGAUAUUAAGUGGCAGACAUUUUAAAGCCCUUGAGUGUGAAAUCGAUAAACCCG